AUGAAUCAGAGAACCAAGUAUAUGGACAAGUAUGGCUCAACAAUUAUUGAAUCAAAAUUAAAUUCUCCAUCGGAGAGCAGUACGGAUGUGUCGUCGGACAUUGUCAUCAACAGAGUCAUGGAGCUUUAUCGGAAAGGCGAAAUAUCUUUGGAGGAAGUCAAGGGAGAGUCCUGCAACAUGGUCCUAGCGGCUUUCGAGACCACAGCUCUGACAGUCAACCACACACUCAUUCUUCUGGCCAUGUUUCCCCAUUACCAGGAACUUGUGUUCGAGGAGCUGAAAGAAGUUUUUCCGGAUGGUGGAGAUUUCGAAGUGGAGUAUGAGGAUGUCCAGAAGUUGGUAUAUCUAGAUCGCGUUUUAAACGAAACCUUGCGUCUUUUUCCCGCCAUUCCAAUAAGUACCAGAGAAGCAAAGGAGGAUUUUCGCUUAUCAAAUGGAGUCUUAGUGCCCAAAGGAGUCAUAUUGGGUAUAGAUACAUUUAACUUACACCGGAACAGGGACCUUUGGGGCCAUGACGCCGACACCUUCGAUCCUGAUCGUUUUUUGACAGAUAAUGUUCGCCAACGACAUCCUUACGCCUUCAUACCCUAUUUAAAAGGAGCUAGAUAUUGCAUAGGCUGGAGAUACGCCCAAAUAUCUUUAAAGAUCGCCUUGGCCAGGAUAGUCAGAAACUACAAGCUCAGCACUAGCUUUCGGUACGAAGACCUUGUUUUUAUUGACAACAUAGUAAUAAAACUCGACAAAUCUCCUCUACUAAACUUAAAAAAAAGAUAA